CGCACAAAAACGCCAACUGCUUAAAAGAGGGGAUCAUCUCAUUUUGUUAAUAGUGGGUGGCCCGCACAUCAAUGGAUUUUACCUGACCAUUUUUUUUCUUCGUCGAAAAUCCAGCGUUUUGAAAACGUUGUAGCUAUCGAAUUUGCAUCUCAUAGCAAACAAACAAACAGUGCAUGCUGUUAUCAAGUCUGGUGACGAAAAAUUUUUUUCAAAAAAGGAAAGAACAGCUACGUCGGUGGGAGAGCUCGAGUUACGGCGCCAUCGCCUGCUAGCAAAGACAUUGCUCUGACCCGACAAGAAGAAAGUCAGAUGAUAGAAGUUUCAGAAUUAGAGAUUGCUAUCAGUGUGAAUUUUGAAGUGGAACUUUGUGGAGAAAGGGAAGAGAUUCUGAACUAUCAGAUAGAAGACUUUCGACGCACAAGGUUUCACAACGAUGGGGGCAAGGAAGCAAUUAGAUAGCAGCUCUCAGAAUGGUGAUGCAAGCACCACUCUGCUUCGUUGUCAUGCAGUUCUGAAUGCAGGCACUGAUGAUGAGCUGUCUAUCACAGGCUACCAUGAGGAUCGAUUGAAGAAGGUUGUCUUCUACAUUCUGGUAGUGCUUACCUUUGGCAUCUUGCUGCUGGUACUUUAUUGGAAACCUGAACUUGAGUGCUAUCUUAAGCGCCGAGUCUGCUCCCUAUAUGAUGCUGAUGUGGUCCUCAUCAAGGAUAAGUAUGGUGUUACAGCUGUUGAACCCGUCAAACUCAUUGCAACCACAGAAGCAAAGUAUGAUGGUGCAGUAUCUUAUCAAGAGGCUGAUGGCACAAGUGAAGAAACUCGAAUUGAUGUUGAUGACCGGAAAAUGCUUGUUCUAUCAUCCAAUCAUGAUGGGAAACUGCGAUGCUUUGAUUAUCAACACUACCGUUACAUCUGGGAUCCGCAAAAGGGAACUUUCAAAGAGCUUGAGAACAUGUCUGCAAAUACAACUUGCAAGGCAAUUCUUGAGGCUGCAAAGGGACUCACCUCAGAACAGCGCAAAAGCAGGCUAAACAUCUAUGGAGAAAAUGCUAUUGACAUUGAAGUGAAGUCCUACUGGAGGCUCUUCAUUGAAGAGGUGCUGAAUCCAUACUACAUCUUCCAGAUAGCGAGCAUCAUUCUGUGGCUUUCUGAUGAAUAUUAUUACUAUGCAGCUUGUAUCUUCAUUGUCUCAAUGAUUUCCAUAGGAGUUUCCCUGUAUGAGACCAAAAAGCAAUGUGUUACCCUGAGAGACAUGGUCUCAACACCUCCUGCAAACAUCACUGUCUGCAAUGGUAGAGAUGAUUUCAUAGAGGUUUCAGAACGACAUUUAGUACCAGGUGAUGUCAUUGCUGUACCCGCCCAUGGUUGUGUCAUGAGUUGUGAUGCUGUGCUGAUUACUGGCACUUGUAUUGUAAAUGAGAGCAUGUUGACAGGUGAGAGUGUUCCCGUGACUAAAACCCCUCUGACACACCAAGAAGAUGAUGAAAUUUACCACCCAGAGGUGCACAAGCGUCACACCUUGUUUUCCGGGACGCAUGUGGUGCAGACACGAUACUAUGGUACUGCCAAAGUGUUGGCAGUGGUUAUUCGAACAGGUUACUGUACAUCAAAGGGGGAACUGGUAUGCGCCAUUCUGUAUCCGAAGCCUCUUGACUUCAGAUUCUACCAGGAUUCUGUUAAAUUUAUCCUUUUCCUGGCAUGCAUGGCUGUGGUUGGCAUGGCCUACUCUUUGGUCAUGUACAUCAGGAAUAAUGCAGAGGUUGGACAGAUGGUCAAGAGGCUACUGGACAUCAUCACCAUCAUUGUUCCUCCUGCCCUACCAGCUGCCAUGACAGUGGGAACUGUGUACGCACAAGCACGUCUUAAAAAACAUGGCAUCUUUUGCAUCUCUCCGCCUCGCAUAAACUUUUGUGGACGAAUCAAUGUCUUUUGCUUUGACAAGACUGGAACGUUAACAGAAGAUGGACUGGACAUGUGGGGUGUGGUCCCUUGCCAAAAUGCUCAUUUUCACGAACCUGUUCAUGAUCCUUCUGCCAUGGAACGUACCCCAUUGCUUGUAUGUCUGGCCACUUGUCACUCUCUGACCAUCAUUGAUGGAGAGCUAAGUGGUGAUCCAAUGGACCUCAUCAUGUUUAAUUCAAUUAAAUGGCAUCUUGAAGAACCAGGAUCUGAUACCAGCAAGUAUGACACCAUUAUGCCAACUGUUGUAAGACCUUACAGUCGUGACACGUUUCUUGGCGAAGAGGAUGAGGUGUAUGCCUCAAAUGAAAUAUUUGAAAGUACACUGCAGGGCAAAUGGGACAAGGAUGAAGAGAAGAAAGUGCAUCCAUUUGAGGUAGGGAUCAUCAGACAGUUCACCUUUUCCUCAGCCGCUCAACGCAUGAGUGUCAUCACACGAACUAUUGGCCAGGAUCACAUGGAGCUCUACUGCAAGGGAGCACCAGAGAAAAUCGCAAGUCUUUGUCAGGAAAACACAUUACCCCACAAUUUCCACCAUAUUCUUCAUAAAUACACAGUACAGGGCUUUCGAGUUCUUGCACUGGCUUACCGACAACUGGACUCCAAGAUUACAUGGCACCAGGUGCAGCGCAUUGGCAGGGACAAGGUUGAAUGUGAUCUUCAGUUCUUGGGACUCCUGGUCAUGCAAAACCAGUUAAAGCCACAGACAACACCAGUAAUCAACACCUUGCUGAAGGCAAACAUCCGUACAGUCAUGAUUACUGGAGAUAUGAUCCAGACUGCUCUAAGUGUUGGACGAAAUUGUGGCAUGGUCCAUCCUAGUGAUCGGGUCAUCAUUGUUCAUGGCUUCCCCCCAGACAAAGAGAAUCCCACAGCUCGCAUUGAAUUUGAACAAGCAGAAGCUGCUGAGGACCUUGAAGUAGUCGAUGAUGAAAGUGAACAGAGUGAGAGUGACACUGAGCUGAUUAGAAGUGAAAAUGAAACAGACCAGAGCACAGACAAGGGGUAUCGGUCUAUCAAAAUUGGAGAGCAAGAGCCCAGAACACACCUGGCAGUCACAGGCCGUACCUUCGCAGUUGUUACUAACUACUUCCCUGAAUUGUUACCUAGAGUGUGUAUUCUGGGAACUAUCUUUGCCCGCAUGUCUCCAGAUCAAAAGUGCCAGCUGAUUGAAAACCUUCAAGAAUAUGAAUACAUUGUAGGAAUGUGUGGAGAUGGUGCCAAUGAUUGUGAGGCUUUGAAGGCUGCACAUGCAGGGAUCUCGCUGUCAGAAGCUGAGGCUUCUGUUGCUGCCCCUUUCACAUCACGCAUCAACAACAUAGAGUGUGUGGUCACAGCAAUGAGAGAGGGCCGUGCAGCCCUGGUAACAUCCUUUGGUGCCUUUAAGUACAUGGCUCUCUACAGUUUCAUACAGUUUAUCUCCGUCCUCAUCCUGUACACUUUCCAGACUAACCUGUCAGAUUUGGAGUUUCUCUACAUUGAUCUUGUUAUCACUACCACCAUUGCAGUCUUGUUGGGAUACACAGGAGCAUAUGAAAAACUAGUGAGAAAGAAGCCACCAGACAGCUUGAUGAAGACCUCCAACAUAGUGUCCAUUAUGGUUCAGGUUUUGGUCACAGCAGCCUUCCAGCUGGGCGUCCUCUUUUACUUGCGAGAACAGCCGUUUUUUAUAAAUGACGAUGAGGAGUCAGAAUCCGAGACCAAGACAUGGGAAAGCACUGUGUUAUUCCUGUCCUCAUCAUAUAUGUACAUAGCUGUGGCCAUCAGUUUCUCCAAAGGACCCCCUUUCAGGAAGCCUAUUUACACCAAUGUUCCUUUCCUCAUCUCCAUCAUCCUGUUAUUCUCCUUCUCUACAUUCCUGCUGCUGAAGCCCUUGUCACCAAUUGAAAACUUCUUUGAGAUGAAGCCUUUGCAUGAGACAGACUUCACCUUCCGCGUGACAAUAUUUGGUAUUAGUUCUGGUUUUGUGAUCCUGUCAAGUCUUUUGGAGUGGCUGUUUGUGGACAGUGGACUCAUGAAGUGCUUGUACCGCGCAAUUGGCCGCAAGAAGCCGUCUCGCUACAAACAGAUUCAAAAUGAUAUUGCUUGCAAAGGGUGGCCAGCAGUUGGACAGACUGUAUUUGCUGCAACAAACUCUUCAGACCACAUCUCGAUUAGCAUGAACAGCAAUGGGGCACAUUGAUGAUUCUGCUGUCUAGAUGCUGAAUGUCUUGAUUCUAGACAUGCUAGCAUAGGCUGGGCUUUGUGUCCUGAAGAAAGGGACACUUUUCUUUUAAAUGCUUUGCUUUGGCACAAAAAUGCUUGCAUUCCAUGAAACUAGACAGUGCUUGAACAUUUUUGAAGACUGCAUUGUUUGGGGCAGUAAGCAGUAAAUUACAGCAGAGUUACUUCUUGGCCACUCUUUUGGUAAAAUUUUCCUGUUCACUCAUCAAGUAAUAGAAAGCAAAAGCAACUCAUCAAGAAAUGAAUACAGUUUUUGUAUAUUAAGUUUUUUUUUAUACUUCGAUUCUAAAUAUUUUAAUAACACUUUUUGCCUAGGCCAUUGUCAUUUAUUGAGGAUUUUUUAAAUUUACUAAUUAGAGUUUCUGCAGAUCAUCAAUAGACAUCAGUACCUUGUUUUAUUCACAUGUAGUUUAGCACAAAAACAAAACAAAAAAUUGCCUAUGAAAGAAUCAUUGUUAUGCAGUGAAUGCCUGAGACCCAGCAAGAUAAUGUAUUAGAAGAGGAAAUGGUGGAGGGGAAGAAAAUAGUUGGGACAUUCACAUGAUGGUGGACCAAGCGACAGUAAGAGGGGCAUUCUUGAAGCUUUCACUUUCACUGGGUAUUGCUGUUUUAAUAUUUGAAAUGGAGACAGGGAGGUGGCUGUGUUUAUUUGUAUAUUUUGACAUAAAUGGUGACAGUCAAGAAUCUGCUGUGGCAAAGCAGAACCUUUCCUGGUGGGAACUUGCUGUUUGCAGUAAUGUAAAUUGUAACAUACCAUUAUGAAGUCUUCGAUCAUUUGCCACAGAGAACUUCUUGAGCCAAACUUAUCCUUUUUUUUAAAUUCCUCACUUUAGCCGGUGAUUAAAAGGGCAGAUAAGAGAAUCUUCUUUUUUAUGGAUGUGUUACAAAAUCAGCUAAAAAGGUAGGUCAUCAGUACAGUUUGUCUUACUAAUGAAAUUUAGAGGAGAUAGGUUGAUGUAUAUUUACCAUUUGCUUCCCAUUCAAAAAGAAUAAUUUUUCUAAGUGGUGUUUCUUGCUCUUAUUUUUUGCCAUUUUUUAAAAUCUGACAAAUGCUACUACAUUUUCAUUGGAGGCAUUGUGAUUGUAAUUCAUAUAUAUCACAUUAUCCUACUGCAUUUGUUUUUCACAUUUUUGAUUACCCCUGAUCAUGAGACAGUGAACAUACUUUUAUUUGUGCUAUUCUUAUGAAUACACAUAUUAACAUGUCAAUAUGCACAUUGAUAUGCAUAGAUAAUGAUUAUGAGAAAUACAUUGAUGCUUGCUAAUGUCUUUAAUGUGGACUGGGAAUCUUAAAUUUUUCUUGGUAUUUAAACACUUUGAUAAAACUUUUUACUUUAAAUUUUUAUUGGAUAUGCUGCCAAUGGGAUCAACUAAAGGUGCAUCUCCUGGUCUGUGUAAGGGUGUGCAGACUAAAGAGGGACCCAAUGCAAUUUCUUUUUUAAACAAUAAAAACAAUUGGGAACUCAUGGGAAAAUAUAUGGCUUUGAAAAAAAUGUAACAUUGUAUUUGUGGUGAAUUUUUUUGUAUGGUUGUUUGAUACUGUGAUAAUCUGUAUGUUCUAUACUCUAUUCAAAUUAUGUGGCUGAGGAUAAGAAAGGAUUAAGAGAUAGCAAGCUUGCUAUCAUCAGUGUGAGUUGGAGAGAAUGCGGUUAGCUUUCCCUUUUUGUGGUUGGGCUUAGGCUGCUUGUUCAGUAUUUGCCCUCUCGUUACUGAAAGGCUUUGCUACAUACCAGCAAACUGAAGCAUAAAUAUUUGCAUCAUUUUGAAGAUGAGAAAGAAUAAAGAAAAUUUUAACUCACUCAAUAUGGACAAAAUCAAUACUAUGGAACUGUAGCCGUGAAGACAUUUACAUCUGCAGGUGCGAAUUGUAUAGGAAGAGUUAAAUGAACAGAAGGAAAGAAGGAAAAUUUGUUUACUUGUAUAAAUGACCCUGUUUAAAUUGGUCAGUUAUUGUACUUGCUGCAUUGCUUGUAUUACAACACAAAAACCUUAAAUUCUAGAUAAUGCUAGAAAUUAUUUGAGUUUUUGUUGACUCAUAAAUGGCUACCAGACUCGUAGACAAAUGGGAAAAGACAGAAAUUGUGUUUUAACCCUUCCAUCCUUAUCAUUUAACCCUUACUAAAUAAGAAAACUGCAAAACAAAUACCUUUGGGCUGCUAAAAGGUGCACAGAUAUUAUACAGCGUGCAAUAGUCAGAUACUUGAAAGGCUUUAUUUAGCCUUUUUUAACCCAGUGUUAUGAUCAGUUUUUGUGGAUGUUCUUCUGUCCGUGAUCUUUCUCAAACUUUAAGAAUGUCAUUUAUGUAAAUUUUUGUUUCAUGUUGUUUGACUAACAAAAGAAAUUUUAUCAGCAAACUUUGUAAAUAGUAAAAACAUGUUGUUAGAUGUGUGAAUAUGGAGGAAUCCUGCCAAUUUGCAAUCUGCAAAAAGGGCAAUGAAUUGAAAACCACAACACAGUAUAUGAAGUGGUAUAUUCUUCAACCCUAUUGUGAUAAUGCUUUUCCCAUUUUCUUACUUAAAUAUUGUGAACGUGUCCAUUUUGUUUUGUUAAAACUUAUAAAAUAUUUUUAUUACAUUAUAGCUCAAGUGAGCUUGUACACCUGUUGUGAAAAUGCUUUGAACUUAGGUGUAUGCAUGUUGAAUCCUGACUCCUAUUUGCAUGAGUUAAUGAUUUGUCAGGUCAACAGAGGGGAGACCUUUCUUCUUUUUUAGUAGUUUUAGAAGUACAGAGAGCCAAUGGAAGUUAGUUUCCUGAUACACAUUUCCUAGGCACUAAUCUUUUAUUCAGACCGCAACUGUUCAAGUGGCCAAGUGCAAUAAUGGAGGUUUAGUGCACUGGCUGCACAUACACACACCAUAAAAUUAUCUUUAACACCUUGUGCCUUCAGCAUAACUAUCAUGAACAAUGGCUUUUUUAUUUUUUGUGCAAUGGAAGCAAUGAUUUUUACAUAUUUAAAGGCCCACACCUUGCUGUGGCAACUUUAAAUAAGGAGAUUGCAUUUGUGGUAUUUUAUUGUUUGAUUAAUACUUUUUACUUUGUUGUAGUUAGAAUAUUUAGGAAUUUUAUUUCUCCGGAGGAGUAAGUACUGCAUUCAAGAAUAGGGAAUGGAAGAUGAUCCUAUCUUGAAUCGCUGCAGGUUUCAGAUACAUUUGGAAAACAUAGAAGAUGGGAAUGGUAUUUUGUCACUUUCUAUCAGACAAUAUUCAUGUGCUACAAAUCUAGGACCUGCUGUGGGUUAAAAAUCCAUCUUCAGCCAGCAUUUCCAUCAAGGUUGUAAAUUUAACAAGUAUUUUUCAAAGAUUAGUAAGUAGUUUGAUAUUGGAAGUGAGGGUUUUUCUGGAAAAUCCUUAGCUCCUGUACUUUUUAGGCUUGUCAAUUCUUUUGAAGAUGAUCUCAGACAGUUCAAACUUCACAGGUUUCUAGCAUUAUUACAAAUUGUGCAAACCAUUUCAUGAAGGAAAUUACUGGGUUUAACGAGUAAGUUGAUUAUGCAUAACUGUAUUUUUUUGCCUCUGCCACUUAGCAUAAUAAGUGAAUCUAUGUUCUCAUAUUCUUCCUGUAUGUAAAUUGAUUCCCACUUCAUUGUGAACCAUCUCUAUUCAUCCAGAAAUCCAUCUCAUUUCAUGAAUAAUUAUCUCUCUUUUCAAGGGGGUAACUGGAAACACACUUUUGUAGAAAAAUCUUCAAAGAUCACUAAAACAAAAAGUCAUUAUUUAAGAUCUCAACAAAAAAAAAAAAAUAAUGUUUUUCUGCAAACUGCUGCCUAAAAUAAUAAUACAUCUGGCUUUAGGCAGUUUUUUGUAUGCCUGUGACUCCUAUAAUUAGGUGUGCUUACUGUUGCCUGCUAAAAUGAGUUUUUAUUGUUUUGGAGCCUGUGGCAUUGGGAUUCAUGCAAAUCCAUGAAGAUUUCAAUCUAUGCAUGAAAAGUUUAUUUUACCAUCAUGACCUGGUUUAGGCAUGGAUAUGAUGGUACACUGUUCUCUAGUCUUAAGCUAUUAUUUGGCUUGUCUCUUUAAGAAAAGCAUUUGCUUUUUUGACUACUACAAGACAAAACAUGACAUCUUACUUUUCGUGUAAAUGGUUCCCAUUCCUGUUCUCCAUCCCCUGCCAGUUAAUGCCAAAUGCCAUAAUGUAAUCAUGCUGUAUUGUAUUUCAGCACCAUCCAUCAUGCUAUAGAAACCUAAACUUGAAAAUUAUUCAAUCUUUAUAGCUUUAGCUUUAAUGAGACUGAAUUAACUACACCCUCACUGGGCAUGCUAAGUUUAGUCAUAUAAAGUUUUGAUUCCUUGAUUAUUAAUGUAGUGGAGGGCUAAAUCAGAUUUCAGAGAGAUAAUUAUCAUUAAAGUGCGUGCAGACUGUGCUUUGGUGCUUUUCUCCCCAGUGAUAACUUUAUGCAUAUACGGUAUAUAUGUGUGUGUGUAAGAGCAUCAGAGAGCUUAGUUUUCAGAGGUGUAUCCCUCCAUGACAGAUUUCAAGUAUUACCUGUUAUUCCAAGAACUAUUUCAAGUCUGCAUAUCCUUCUGGUUUGACCCCCUCCCCCGAGACAAGACCACACUAGAAAGGCCAUGUCUUUUUUUAAUUUCGCUGAUUGAUGACACUUACAAUGUCUAAGCUUUAGACUUUAAGUUUACCUUUUUUGCCAAACAACUUAUUAACCUUGUGCUUGUUUUGUGAUGUAUUUCUUUUUCUUUUCUUUUUGAACUUGUUCUUGCCAAGACUGCAGUUUUCCUUCCUGCUAUUUUUUCCUUCACGCACAGCAUAAAGUACAGCGAGAAUAGUGAUCUUUUAAAAUGAAAAUGUUUUAUCUUUCUUUAAUUUUUGUGUUCCUGAUUAUCUAGUCUCCUACUUGGGGACAUUCAGCUAGGGACAACAGGUGUAGAUGCUGCUGUUUUCAACUUCUUGGGAUGUUGUGGCAUAUUGGUUUAAAAUGCCUACUGGUGGUACAGUUUCUACUUAACAUAGCUGUAAAUUAUAGUUUUAGAAGUCACAAACUGACAUAUCUAAGAAAUGUAACCUUUUUAAAAAUGUUUCAUGUUGCUAGUAGAAUUAUUUAAAAAAAUAUAAUUUCUCAGCUGUGGUUGUCAUAUUUGCCAAAUACAGAAUGCAAAAAAAAAAAA